UUUCUCCCGGCCUUGUGGUGCUCGUGGUUAUUUCGCAUAGUGAGGCGAAUGAAAAAUAGUUUCAUCAUCAUUUUUUGUCAAAUUUUUAUUUUCAUCAAUUUUUUUUUUCGCUUUUUGUUGAGUAUUAAAAAAGUUUUAUAAAGUUAAAGUUUAAAAAAAAAAAUGGCACAAAGUAAAAUGGAUUUUAAUAUGAAAAAACUUGGCAAAUUACCACCGGGAGUAAAUUUAGGUGCAACAGCACUCAUUGGACUCGGCGCCGCAAUCUACGGAAUUUCACAAUCAAUGUUCACAGUUGAGGGUGGACAUCGUGGUAUAAUGUUUUCCCGAUUAAAUGGCGUGCAAAAGGAUAUUUUCGCUGAGGGUUUACAUUUUCGAAUUCCCUGGUUUCAAUAUCCAAUUAUUUAUGACAUUAGAAGUAGACCGAGAAAAAUUUCCUCACCAACUGGAUCAAAAGAUUUACAAAUGGUGAAUAUUUCACUUCGUGUUCUAUCACGUCCUGACGCCAUCACAUUGCCCUCAAUGUAUCGUCAACUUGGUCUCGAUUACGACGAAAGGGUAUUACCAAGUAUCUGCAAUGAGGUUUUAAAAUCCGUUGUUGCCAAAUUUAAUGCCUCACAAUUAAUAACACAACGGCAGCAAGUGUCGAAUUUAAUUCGCAAAGAAUUAACUGAUCGUGCACGUGAUUUUAAUAUUAUUCUUGACGAUGUCUCGAUCACUGAACUUAGUUUUGGCAAAGAAUAUACGGCCGCCGUUGAAGCUAAACAAGUUGCACAACAAGAGGCGCAACGUGCUGCAUUUGUUGUCGAGAGAGCAAAACAAGAACGACAACAAAAAAUUGUUCAAGCCGAGGGUGAAGCUGAAGCAGCAAAAAUGUUGGGUCUAGCAGUCAGCCAAAAUCCUGGUUAUCUCAAAUUGCGAAAACUUCGCGCCGCACAGACAAUUUCACGCACGGUUUCAAAUUCAGCGAAUCGCGUUUAUCUCAAUGGCAGUGCAUUGAUGUUGAACAUUCAGGAUCCAGCGUUUGACGAUCUAUCCGAGAAACUCAAAACAAAUGAAGAAGAUUAAUUUUUGAAAAAGAAGAAAUUUGACGGAAAAUGAAAGAAUUGCGCUCGUUUGUGAAUCUCGAGAACGUUUUUCUUUCAGGUUCCGGAAGAAUAAAGAAUUUGAGGCCGAGAAUGGAGACGGUUAAUUCUAAAAUUGAAAAGCAGUUAAAGGAAUCCGCUUCCCUUCUCAUGGAAUCGGCGGAACACGGAGCCAAAAUAAUUGUAUCGUGAAUUAUCAAAAAAGAACACUGAUUAAUUCCUUUUGAAAAAAAAAAUUCCAUAUGCACGUCGGUAAAGUAGAGCAAAAAAUUUAAAUUAAAAAAAAAAUCUAAGACAAUAAAAAAUUUAUAUUUGUCAAAAAAAUAUUAGCAGGGUUCUAAAAAAAAAAUGUGCGGGAAGUAUUCGUCGAAAUGUUUAUAUUUUUCAUUUUACAGUUAUAAAGUAGUUUCUUUUUUUUUUAUUUUUUGAAAAUAUAAAAAAAUGCAUUAUUAUAUAUAUGUACAGUUUAUAAAAAUUUAA